CAAGGUUUCAUUUAUGCCAAAUUUUAGGUAUUUUAUAAUUAUAUAAUUGAGAUUAAUCAUCAAAAAAAAAUUCAUUUUAUUUACUCAACUAAAUUUAGUUUAUUGAUCAAGAUGGAGUUGUCAAAGACAUUCAGAUUCCAAUCCUUCAUACCCUCUUUCUCUCCUAUAAACCACAACAACCCUUUCAAAAAUCAACUACUCUUAACAACAAAACUCAACAAUAAACCUAAAACAACAGUUACUGCAGCGAGAAAACCACCUAUUGAAGGGGUUAGUGAAGAGUUGAACGAUAUAGCUUCUUAUAACCUUGAUUUUGCUUACUCUCGAAGAAGAGUUCGUGCUGCUUUUGCCGAGGUUCAACAACAGCUUGAUCAUUGUUUGUUUAAGGAUGCUCCUGCUGGAAUUAGAACAGAAGAAUGGUAUGAAAGGAAUUCUAGAGGAUUGGAAAUUUUCUGCAAAAGCUGGAUGCCGAAGGUUGGAACUCCAGUCAAGGCUUCUGUUUGUUUUUGUCAUGGAUAUGGUGAUACUUGCACAUUCUUCUUUGAAGGUGUAGCUAGGAGAUUUGCUGCAUCUGGGUAUGCUGUUUUUGCUAUGGACUAUCCAGGCUUUGGACUUUCAGAGGGAUUACAUGGUUACAUACCUAAUUUUGAUGACCUUGUUGACGAUGUUAUAGAGCAUUAUACACAAAUAAAAGCAAGGCCUGAUAUGAGAGGGUUACCUCGAUUUCUGUUGGGGCAGUCCAUGGGUGGGGCGGUUUCGCUUAAAGUUCAUUUGAAGGAGCCAAAUAAUUGGGAUGGAGUAGUACUUGUAGCACCAAUGUGUAAAAUUGCAGACGAUGUGUUACCACCAGAUGCAAUUAUGAAGGUGUUAACUCUUUUGUCAAAAGUGAUGCCAAAGGCAAAACUCUUCCCAAACCAAGACCUAGCUGAACUGGCCAUCAGAGAACCGAGCAAAAGAAAAUUGGCUGUUUACAAUGUUAUUUGUUACGAGGAUAAUCCGCGAUUGAGAACCGGCAUGGAACUUUUAAGGAUCACAAAAGAAAUUGAGUCACAAGUAGACAAGGUGUCAGCACCAUUAUUUAUUCUUCAUGGAGCUGCAGACAAGGUGACAGAUCCAUUAGUGAGCCAAUUUCUUUAUGAAAAUGCAUCUAGCAAGGAUAAGACUUUAAAGCUAUAUGAAAAUGGUUACCACUGCAUUUUGGAAGGAGAACCUGAUGAUAGAAUAGAUGCUGUACAUGAUGAUAUUGUCUCAUGGCUUGAUUUUAGGUGUUCCAUUAAGUGAGAUUUUAGGUGUUCAUUUUUCUGUGUCAUUCUUAGAGCCAAAUGUGUCUCAAUUGUUAAAAUCCUCUAACUACAUUUACUUGUGUGAUUCAAUUUAUGGGGCAGCAUAAUAUGUCUACUUAUAUUGGGGAAUAUAUCAUUUAUGGAAAUAUUUUUGACUUGAUUUCUGUUA